CGGUGUUAGGCCUCGGUGAUCACUUCCCCGCUGCUCGUCUUCACAAGUUCUCCUCAACCCCAAACCAAGCCUUCUCUAAGCCGAAAUGGAGCGUACCUUCAUUGCUGUGAAGCCUGAUGGCGUCCAGAGAGGACUGUGUGGUGAGAUCAUCAAGCGUUUCGAGACCAGAGGCUACAAGCUGGUUGCCGCCAAAUUUGUCCAGGCCUCUGAGGAACACAUGAAGAACCACUACCUGGACCUGAAGGACAUGCCUUUCUAUGCUGGACUGUGCAAAUACAUGUCCUCUGGACCCAUCUUGGCCAUGGUGUGGGAGGGUGAGAGCAUUGUGAAGAUGUCCAGGAUGAUGUUGGGUGAGACCAACCCCGCUGACUCCAAGCCUGGUAGCAUCCGUGGUGACCUGUGCAUCAACAUUGGCAGGAACAUCAUCCACGGCAGUGACACCCUGGAGAAUGCCAAGAAGGAGGUCGCACUGUGGUUCAAGGCAGAGGAGUUCGUCACCUACGCUUCCUGCGCCCAGCCCUGGCUGUACGAGUAAACCUGCCAACCAAAAACCAGCAAAUUACUCCUGACUGGACCUCAUCCACCCCACUGACCCCGUCCCACCUGUCGUUCCCGCAGUUGAUUCUCCAACUUGGUCUUCAUUCAUCAAUCCCAAACAUGUAGCACUUGUCAAUAAAGUCUAAAUGUUAACAAAAACUUU